AUGCGCCAAAAAAGAGCGAAAACCUACAAGCGGGUGAUGGCGCUAUACGUCCAAACCUUCAAUUUCAGACAACCAUUCCAGGUGUUGGUAUCAGAUGAUAUACUUGUCAUGCCCGCUGCACAACAGCUUGAUAUCGUCAAGUUGCUAUCUACCUGCGUUCAGGCCGAGAUCAAGCCUAUGAUCACGCAAUGCUGUGUUGAAGCUCUCUACGCACUCGGUCCCUCGCACCAACGCACCACAAAUCUCGCAAAGACCCUUGAGCGUCGACGGUGCAACCACCGGACCGCCCUCCCCUCAGACGAAUGCCUCGCGGACGUCAUUGGUACCUCCAACAAACAUCGCUAUGUCCUCGCUGCACAAUCGGCCGAGCUGCGGGAGAAGAUGGAUAGGAUACCCGGCGUACCCGUUAUUCACUUCAACGGGCGGGGAGUGGCGGUCCUCAGUCCGCCGGGUGUGGCGACUGUCAGGGAGAAGGUGAAGGGGGAGGAAGAGCGGCGGCUUGGGGAGAAGGCAGCAGAGGAGGGGAUGGAAGAUGGGGCGAAUGUUAUCGGGGCGCAGGCGGGGAGUGUGGCGGGGCCGAGUGGGAGAGGGAGGAAAGGGGCGAAUCCGAAUCCUCUUAGUAUGAGGAAGAAGAAGGUGCCGGUCGCUGCAGAGGGGCCCAAGGCGGAGGGAAGUAAGAAGAAGAAGAGGGAUCGGAACGAAGAGGAGGAGGAGGAUGCAGAAGAGGAAGAGAAGGGGGUGGAGGCGGCAAACGAGGGAGAAGAGGCGGGAGGGGCCAGUCGGAAGAAGAAGAAACGGAAGCGGAGAGGAAAGGGGGAGGUGGCGCUUGCGAUUGAGGAGUUGAACGCGACGGGUCUGGGCGGGGUUAAGCCAAUAGCAAAGGGCGGGGACGAGAGCGGAGGGGAAGGACAGGAGAGUGAUUGA